CUUUUCCUUCUAUCUACAUUAUCUCUCUCCUCUGCAUCAGCAGCAAAUCUGAAUUAUCCCGGCUAUGGCAUAGGAACUUGGAAUACUUCUUACGCCAUAUCCGCAGACACCCACCCGAACGCUACGAAAUCCGUUCCCUUCAGCAUCGGCGCUCAAAACUACACUCUCCAAGUCAAUGUCGCCGAACUUUUCCCUUCAAACCUCGAUAGCAAUGCCAGCAUACAAAACCCAAGUGUGGCAGCUUCAUUCUACAAUCUACUCUGGAGCGGCACCUCCACAUUAAACGAAACUCUGCAGAAUACAUGGGGGUUGGGAAAGAAUGAUCUAUGUCUUGUACUUCCCUUGGGGUUAUUCACCAGCAAAGCCACCAAUGGGUGUAAAGAAACAGAUCAAGGGGAUUGCAGUAAUGCUUUGGGGAGCAAAUGUAUGAAAGAUUUGGCUGGGAUCAAGAGUCAGGUUUUGACUGGGGGAUGUACGGGAAGAUGGAUGCCUGAGAGUUGUGCGGAUAGGUUUGGGGAUGGAGGUGUGGGGAGUGGAGGUGUUAAUUACGCUUCAGUGGAUAACGAUACCGCUGGUUCUCUGGAUCAGAGAUCUCCUCUUGAGAUUGCGUAUUAUCGAUCUGGCAUACAUGAAAAAGGAGAUAUGACAUCCUAUGACCGCGAGAUCGAGCGUCUUCACGUCAUCUUCCUCUCUGGCACUGGAUGGGGAGUAACUCCAGUAUGCACUCGUGUCAACACCACUCGGGUCAAGAAGAACAAUGAUGCGGUGUUCAGCGCGGCACCAGAGAGCUCGAGAAGAAACUUGUAUCUUUCAGCGGCGUUGGCUUUGGUUGUUACUGCAUUCAUGCUCUGA